GGGGGUUUUCUUUUUGCGGGGACACUUCUGAGUUUCCCAGCAAAAUGUCAUUGGCAAGUGUAGACGCUCCCGGGGUUUUUGCGGCAAAACGGGACUUUUUCUACUUUAAAUGGCAAGUGUAGACAUGCCUGAAGGCUCUGACUCAUGUCCCCAGACGGGGUCGGCUCUAGCCCGCACGCUGCCUCUGGAGAUCCAAGGAGAGGGGAGCGGCUCCUGCAGAACCCGCAGGCACCUCCGCUUCUGAGCGAGGCGGGGAGAGGACCGGGGAGGGAGCCGGCGUGGCGAUAAGGGGGGUAGGGCGGGUGCCAAGGCUGCACCCACCGGGGCAGGGGGCUACACGGAGCCCAGCCUUGCAGUGCGCUCGCCAGGGAGGGGAGAACAUUCACAGGGCGGGUGCUAUUCCUCGCGCACUGAGGCGCUGGGGCGGCCUGCCGCAGACAGGAGGAAGGGACGGGUGGGGAGAGAUGCCUGCUCCAGUGCGGGCCCACAGUGCUCCCGGGUCCCGGGCCAAGGGGCGGUGCUCGGCGGCGGACUGAAGGGGCCCUUGCAGCAGGAAGGGGAGGAAGCAGCCGGAACAAAGGGCGGGGGCGGGCAGCCGCUCGGUCCCUCCCCUUCCCGGCCGCAUGGAUGCUGCCGGGAUGCGGUAGGCUGCGGCGCCCGGGCAUCCCCCCUGCCGCGAUGCUGCUGCUGCUGCUGGGCGCGGGGGCCGCGCUGUUCUGCCUGCUGGACGCCUGGUACCUGCUGCGCCUGCCCCUGGCCGUGCUGCACGCCCGGUGGCUGCAGCCCCGGCAGCGGGACGUGCUGCGGGAGCAGAGCUGGCCGGGCCUGGUGCUGCCCUCGGACCUGGACUGCCUGCUGCACAUGAACAACGCCCGCUACCUGCGCGAGGCCGACCUGGCGCGCUGCGCCCACCUGGCGCGCUGCGGGAUCUUCGACGCGCUGCGCGCCCUGGGGGGCAGCCUGGUGCUGGCCGCCUCGUGCGCCCGCCACCGCCGCCCGCUGCGCCUCUUCGAGCGCUUCGCCGUGCGCACCCGCCUGCUGGGCUGGGACGCCCGCGCCUUCUACCUGGAGCAGCGGUUCGUGAGCCCCCGCCACGGCUUCGUCUGCGCCCUGCUGCUCUGCCGCCUGCACGUGGUGGGCAGCAGCCCGGGGCGCCUGGUGCAGCACCUGUGCCGGAGACAGGUGGACUCCCCAGAACUUCCAGAGGAGGUGCAGCAUUGGAUCAGCUACAACGAAGCCAGCAGCCAGAAGCUAAGAGCUGAAAGCGGCCUGGGAAUCAAUACCAAGGAUGAGUAACCAGACGUUGUUUUCCCCCGCCUGUCUUUCUCCAGACUGCAAUAGACCUGUGCUCCAAACAGACCCAAGUGCUGUAUUCUCAUCAGCUUUCCUGCUCAUGCCGCUGCGGAUAAGAGACUGAUCCAGAUUGCCAUUAGCUUGCUAGACAAAAAAGCCAAACAGCUGGCUAGGAAAGGACCCCCAGAAACCUCAUUAAAUUGGUUAAAGCCCUCUCUGAUCUCACUGGUACACUGAGCUCUGUGGUGGCCUGGUAGCACCUAGAGCCCCAGCACAAUGGGGAGUGGCACCUUUUGGUCUUUAGAAGGGAGUUUGCUUUCACUAAAAAAAAUUAUUUCCAGAGACUGGUAACAUCAGGAAAACAAAACUUUGGUGCAGUCCAACCUGCAGGGGAUCUGGGGCAUCAGCACAUCUAACAUCCUCCUCCCCCGCAGGAAUUGGAAACAUCCAUCCCCACUAGCUGAUGUGUUGAUGCCUCCACUGUACCCACAAUCCUUUGCAGUAGCCCUGCCUCCACACGCCUUCAGUCAUUAACACUAGCACUAUUUAAAAAACCCUGACCCCAGCCGCAUUCAUUUAUUAACAACCCUAUCCUAGGAUUUGUCUGGAGGGAAAUACAUCAGUGCCGUGGCAGGGAGGCUAACCUGGUGUUUGCUAGUAAAUAAGGCUUCACCACAGACGUACGUUGUCUCCAUUUUUAGACAGAAUUAAUGUGAUCACCGGGGUUAUUCCGAGUGUAUUUGGGAGAAGUGGGUUAGGACCAGAAGCCUCCUGCGUUCCCAUCAUGGCUGUACCACUGAAUUACUGUGUGACCAAUCUCUCUGUGUCCUGGAUUACUCAGCUGUGAAAGGGAGAUGCUACCUACCUACCUCCCAGGGGUGGGUGUGAGAACUACUGUAAUUCACUGAUGUUUCUAAAGUGCUUUGAAGAGGAAAAGCACAGCGCAUGUGCUAAAAUAUCCCCUGGCCCUGCUUUUCUUAUCUCUGUAGCUGCAAAUGGGUUUUGCGUUGUCUUGAAAUCCUGACCUACGCAAAGUCCUGGGAGUGCUGGUUCAAGGCAUUAGCUAAGAGCUUUCCUAAUGCCUUCUAAAAGGUAGUAGUGUAGACAAAGCUGUGUAUAUGGCGCAUGGUAAUAUCUACACUAGACUAUUAGAACGUGUCAUGUCUUAGCUAACAACAAACCUUGAAAUCCUAGUCGAGACGAAACCUUUGAGUAUCUGCACUUGGGAAAACCGGGACUGUAACACUCCACUGGUAGUGUAGUUGUAAACAGGAUUCAGAGCAGGGGUAGAGGACGCAGCGGUAAAUACAUUGUAGCACUGAAUGGGCUCCAAUCUCCCUUUAUUGGUACACACCCUUGGAGCGGCAGGAAAAACACAAUGAUCCCAACGUAGACAUGACCCAGGUGUUGCAACCUGCUUUAGAGCAGGACUCAGGGAAUUCAGGUCCCCUUUGCCCAUGUAACCAAACAGGGCAAUUUUCUUUCUGAGUGUUGGAUAUUUGAUUGUAUUUAUAUUUGGAACAGUUCUCGUUAUGUACUCGUUAUGUACUUCGUAAAUGGAAGAUUGCUGUAUAUUAUGUGAAUAUUUUCCUCUAAUGAGCACUUUCCACCAGGACUGUAUUGAGGGAACAUGUUUUGAAGUGUGGCGUGCAUGUGUUCUGUACUCUAAAUACCAGCUCCUCCUGCGGUGGUCUGAACCCAGACAGUGAGAUAGCUGUGAAUUGCCUCUGAAUGUAUAUUUAUUGCCUCUUCUAAUGGUUUUCUUGACUUGCAACUCCUACUUACUGGAACUGCUUAGCCACAAUAUCUUAACAUUUACUUGAAGACAUCAAAGGAUUCUAAAUGAGAUGAAAUCCUGAGAGAAACUUUGUUUUUUAAAGGAAUAAAUGGAUCCAUUUGCACUGCAAUCUA